UUCGUCCGCCUAUUCGGUCUAGGGUUUAUCUUCCUUUGCAGGGGCGAGGUCCGCCGCAGCCGCCGUUGCACUCCGCUGGUCUUUGAACAGCUGCCGCCAUGGGUCGUAUGCACAGCCGAGGUAAGGGUAUUUCAGCAUCUGCACUUCCGUACAAGAGGACGCCGCCGAGUUGGCUUAAGACCUCGUCUCAGGACGUUGAGGACAAUAUCUGUAAGUUUGCUAAGAAGGGUUUGACACCAUCACAAAUUGGUGUUAUUCUUCGUGAUUCUCAUGGAAUUGCUCAAGUCAAGAGUGUUACUGGCAGCAAGAUUUUAAGGAUUCUUAAGGCUCAUGGACUUGCUCCCGAGAUACCUGAGGAUUUAUACCACCUUAUUAAGAAAGCUGUUGCCAUCCGUAAACAUCUUGAGAGGAACAGAAAGGAUAAGGAUUCCAAGUUCAGGCUUAUCCUUGUUGAGAGUAGAAUUCACAGGCUUGCUCGCUACUAUAAGAAGACUAAGAAGCUUCCACCAGUCUGGAAAUAUGAAUCUACGACUGCCAGCACCCUUGUGGCUUAAAUGGUAUUUGCGGAUGUAUGGCAGAAACUUGGAUUGGGAAAUGGGAGCAAUGAGCUGAAACAGUUUGUAGUAAUUCAGAUGCAUUUGGUACUUGAAUGUUUUCCCAGACAUUGUUUUUCAAUGUUAUGCUGCUACCUAUGCUUUUCCUUCGCAUCUUAUCUUAUUUGAUAUUUGACUUGUUUGAUCCA